GUCGCGGUGAAGUAAAUUUGACAUAUUUUGUCAUUUUUUGAUCAUUGGCAAAGAACGAUGUAAAUAAGAAAUUCGCGUUGUACCGUAUGAUAAGCGCGCGUUCGAAAUUAUUAACUGAUGUGUAUUAAUUUGUGUGAUAAAAAUCUUAUGCGUAUUUCAAAAUAUUCGGCAUUGUUGUUUUUGAAAUUGCCCAAUUUAGCCCCAUAAAGAAGGUUGUUUGAAGCGAUGUCGAAACGGUGAUUUAUUUGUAGCACAAUAAAGUGCAUGUUGAUGUGGUAUCUAGUGUUUACCCUUUUUUUAAAACGCGAUUUGCUACCACACUUUUUUAAUACAGUGACGUAAUUUUGAGGCAUGAGUUAUAGGACAAUAUUCAAAUUUAUUUGGUAGAAAUGGAGAAUAUACGAUUUUUAAUCAGAAAUUGGUACCUUAUACCAAAAGGACUAUUUAGGAUGUGUUUUAUAUUAGUUAAUAAUGCAUACUGCAUACCCACAUAUGUGGUAUGGAUGGUAUUAUUGUCACCAUUGAGGAAAGUAAAUCCAGAUAUAUAUUGGAGAAUAGAAGGGUACUUUUUCCAUUGGCUUUUGGCAAUGGUAUCCAUGUGGAGCUGGUCAGCCGGCUAUGAUGUCGUUGAAGCCGGCGACAACAUCUCAGAUUGUCUGGACGAGCGGACGUUAAUUAUCGCCAAUCACCAGUCGACGGCCGAUGUGCCGUUGCUGAUGGCGACGUUCAACGCGAAAAAGCAAGUUUUGCCAAACAUUAUGUGGAUCAUGGACAGCCUGUUUAAGUACACCAACUUCGGCGUCGUCAGCGUGCUGCAUCAGGACUUUUUCAUCAUGUCCGGCAAAGGUAAAAGAGAACGUUCUCUGCAAGACCUGAUAGACCACAUGUUGAACGUAUACCUGCCUCGUGGCAGAAAAUGGCUAGUCCUGUUUCCAGAGGGCGGAUUUUUACGCAAACGAAAAGCCGUUUCGCAAAAAUUCGCCAUAAAAAAUAACUUACCUCGACUGGAAAACGUCACAAUACCACGCGUGGGGGCGCUGCACAUCAUCAUGGAGACUGUGGGGCCCAAAUCUACGCACAACAACAACAGCUUCGUGGGAGAUGAUUAUCUCAAAACCUCUAAAGUGGAGUACAUAUUAGAUAUUACCAUAGCAUAUCCAGAUGGGAAGCCUUUGGGUAUGGACACCAUAGUUUUUGGUUACCGGCGCCCAUGUCAAACGAUGUUUUUCUACAGGGUGUACAACGCGAAGGAUGUGCCCGAUAAUAGUCAAGCUUUGGACGAGUGGUUGUUGGCGCGAUGGUUGGAUAAGGAAAAAAUGCUAGAGAGUUUUUACAAAACCGGAAAAUUUCCCAUUAAUUACAGCAAAGGCGCCAAUCCCCCACAAGUGGUGGUCCAAGAUUACCUGCGAUUUCUUAUAAUCCAUAUAUUUUUCAUCGCCUCGACUUACAUACAUUUUCAGAUGUUCACCUCAAUUUACCAAUACUGCACCCAAUUAGUUUAUUAGCGCACAGUGCUCGCAUAUCUUGUUUGUUUAAUACGAUAUUAUCUCUAAAUUUAAAUUAAACAAAUGAAAAAUGCGGGAAAUAUAAAAAAUGUACAGACAUAUUAAAGAGUGCAUGCACAGGGCAAGUGUACAGUGGCAGCUCAAGACAGAUAGGUUUAAGUUCCUCUGUUUCCAGUUACAAAGGAUUUUAGAAAAAAUAUACUGGGGUUUAACAGAGCGUAUUUUUUUCAGUAUACCCUAUAAAUCUCAACAAAAUCCGAUAUUAUUUGCAGAAGUUGUUUUAAACUUUACCUUAUAUUUCUUAAAUUUUUAUACCCCCAUAACACCCACAAAAAAACCCACAUCAUAAUAAAGUUUUUUUUUUAACAAAUAAAGAUUAUUAUUAUUACCUUAUAUUUAA